UACAAUAUGCUGCCAGAGAAUCAGCAGCAAGCAGGGCAGACGCAGCAGAGAGACAGAGAGAGAGGGAGGAAGAGACAGGGAGAGUGUGAGUAGGAUUUCUGCGCUUUAUGACCAAAACCUCACAAUACCUCCCACUCUACCUAUUCCUCCCUUUCUCCUCUGUGCUCUGAGACAGAGAAACCUCCUCUGGUUGUCUCUAUUUCUUGCUCCAGGCCAGUGCUGACUACUACUGAGGAGAAGAUAGCUGAGGCAGAGGCAGCUCCAGGAGGAUCUGCUGCCUGGUCUGCACCUCCAGCCUCCACCUCCUCUCCCCCUGCGGAAGGCCGGGUUAGUCCAACAGGAUGGGCUGCACCACUAGCAAACUGGCCUGCCAGCCUCCAACCCAGCCCCCAGGAGCCCCGCCCCCUGGACAAGACAAUCAGUCCUUGAGCCAGCUGGAAGCCCAGGGGCCCAAAGGCCCAGAGGUCCUAUCCAGUCUGGAGCGCCUUUCCCAGGCCACGGGCGGCAUGGAGAAGUCCUGGUAUCGCUGCAUCUUCCCCUUUGGCAUCAUCUCGUUGGUGAUCGGUGUGUCGGGCACGGCUGUUACUUACACAUACAAUGACCUGCCCCUGACCAAAGUGGUGACGGUAGUGUUGCUUAUAGCCGGACUGGUGCUGACACUGACCGCCGCCGCCUGCUGGACGGUCCACAAGAGAAAGAAGAGGAAAAAGAAAGAGAGGGCCUCAGGAGCAGGAGGAGGAGGAGGGAGCUCCUUUACCUCAGAGCAGUGCCCCUUGUGAGGAACACCUGGAGCCUGGGAUAUUCUGACCACACAGGGACAUGAGAGGAGAGAAGCCCCAGGAAGGGAGCACCGCCAGGGGGGUGGGCCACCACCACCUCCAGCCCUCCCUAGUCUUUAUGGAGCCUGGCUGCUCUUGGCUCAGCUCAGCUCGGGAAUAGGUGUGGAGAGGAGGAUGAUAAGGACUCAGGAAGAGGUGUGGAGGAGGAGGACAAGGACUCAGGAAGAGGUUUGGAGAGGAGAAAAACAAGGACUCAGGAAGAGGUGUGGAGAGGAAGAGGACACAGGAAGUGGUGUGAGAGGAGGAGGAUGAGGACUCAGGAAGAGGUGUGGCGAGGAUGAGGGCUCAGGGUUCACGGACAGACAGACGGGCGGAGGAAGUACCUGUGGAACUCUGAGGAGAGAGAGACAGAGGGAGAGAGAGACGGAUGGGUCUGGCAUGCGGGUUCACCACCUCCUCACACACACGCGCUUUUACAGUCGGACAGCAGGUGUCCAGUGUCAAAACAACCUCUCAGGAGACAUGCACACACACACCCUGAGACCCCCUCACACACAUUGACACACGCAGCGGGAGCCACACAGACACUUAAUCCGCUAUGCCGAGCUGCUGCCGGAGUCAGUGCUGCCGUCACCGGCCGUGUCAGUCGCGGCAUUCCUCCCAGCCAGGACAGGUGACAAGCCGACCGACCGGUGAAAAGUGGGCCAGCGACGGCAACUCGACACCGGGCCGAAAGAGGAGUGCACCCGCGUCAGUGCCCCGCGUCAUUCACUCGUCCUGUGACACUGCAGCAAUGUGUUUGGGCUUUUUUUACGCAACGGGAGAGUGGAACCUGAGUCCGCCAGGAUCUUACUGGCAGCUGGUGGUAGAGGGACGAGGAGAGGAGCAGGAGAGGGCAGGAAAAUUAUGUGUUUAUUUGUGCGAGUGUAUUUGUGUAAGUGUGUGUAUGUGUGUGUGUGCAAGAAAGACAUUCUACUGGACCGAAAGAGCAUGUACAGAACCUGUGGACUUUUUCCAGUGUAAGAACACAAGAACUAAUGUAUGGAACAAAGAAAUCACACAUUUACACUAUUACACAGAUUGACCAGUCCCUUCAGUAUUACAGUAGUAGGUCAUUGUCUGUGCCUUUGUGCCUUUCUGAAGCACAGAAAAGACUACUAUUCUAGACUGUGGAAUACAGACCAGGAGGAGAAUAUUCCACAUGGAGUCAUAAAGGCCCAAAGGAAACCAUGUCUCUGCCUCAGCCAUUGGUAACACAAAAGUCUGAGUUUUUAGGUCCAGCACCGGUAUUAAUCCUCGCAGUGAAAAGGGACAUAAAGGCAUUUUCCACUAUGUUUUUCUCCAUGCAGCCAUUCUGAGAGUGGAGUGGAGAGAGCUGAGUGAGUGACUGCACUGCACACCUGACACACUGUAGUGUGACCAUGAGCAUUGACCUCUGUCAGUUUUUCUGCAGUCGUAGGACCUCAGCUCCUCUCACAGAGAGAGAAAGAGAGAGAGCGAGCAGGGGACAGGAUGGGAUAAAUGAAGGACAUUACUGCUGGGGGGACAUUCCACCGAGGGACACUUUGACUUGGUGACACUCCACUCUGAGGGACCCCUCCCAUCCCCUUUUCAGUGCCUUGAGCGAGUGGAGCAGAGAACUGGAGAGCUGGAUCAUGGAAAAAGGCCCUGACUUCUGUGUUACCCGUGUCCAUCUGCUCUUCUGAGAAUUUCCCCCUCUCUCUCUCCUCCCCCUCUCUCUCUCUCC